GAUUAGAAGAGAAGACAAAAAGGUUGAUCUCUGGCUAACAACUGUGAUCGUUAUGGAAGAGCUGGUUUUCUCUUUCUCCAGUUGAGCUCCGAGAAAGAAAAUGGCGGAAACGAAACUGUCCAGCCCGGACGCGACGCUGUCAUUUUACUUCUUGCACUCUUUUGCAGCAACUCGAUGCCGUUUCGCUUCCUCUUCUACUUGCUGUGUCUCCUCUGUCACGCCCAAGCCCCCUCGGCUCCAGGUUGUCGCAUUUGCAGUCAAGAGAAGUCCAAAGCGCCUCAAGUACUCUACUACUCGCUUCACCAAGGAGAAUGAUUUGCUGUUUGUUGAAGUUGAUCCGUUGGGUUCAGAUAUUUGGAAAUUGGAACCAGUUAUUGACCUUCUGAAAAAGGGUGCUGUUGGGGUUAUUCCUACUGAUACAGUGUAUGCAAUAGCUUGUCAUUCAAAAAACCACUCAGCAGUUGAGCGUCUCCGCAGAAUCAAAGAUAUUGAGUCCUCAAAGCCUCUGAGCAUCUUAUGCAGUUCUUUGCGGGACAUAGACACUUAUACAACAGGAUUUCCUCGCGGUGAUGGCCAGGGUCAUGCAAAUAUUUUUCGAGCUGUGAAGCAUUGCUUACCUGGACCUUACACUUUUAUCUUGACUGCAAGCAAAGAAUUACCGAAACAAUGUGUAAGAUAUGGAACAACAACUGCCAAAUAUGCUUCAAGGAAAAAUGUUGGUGUUCGUAUACCUGGCGAUGCAAUCUGCCAAGCAAUUCUAGAGAAGAUGGAUGCACCAUUAAUAUGCACAAGUGUCAAAGGGCCAAAGGAAAAUGAAUGGAUGAUAGAUCCAGUUGUAAUAGCUGAUAUGUAUGGACCAGAGGGCCUUGAUUUUAUUGUUGAUGGCGGUAUAAGAAUAACUGAUCCAUCCACCAUAGUUGAUAUGACAGGGGCUUUUCCAAAAGUCAUACGGCUAGGGAAGGGGCCCAAAUUGCAGUGGAUGGUAGCAGAAGGUGAUAAUGAAUCUGCUAUGAUCGGAGAUGCCAUCACAUCUGGCAGCUAAAAGUUGUUUUUGUAUCUAUAUCUUAAUAGAUAUUUGUACAAAACCAUAGUUCAUCUGCUCCAAGGUUCUCUUGCAGUAUUCUUGGUUCAAAUAUCCGAAAUUAAACCUUUUUACCACCAUCCUUACUGAUAAAAUUGAGGGAAAUAUUUUGAAUGUUUGUAAAUAUAUGAGAAAAUUGGUUCGAAUCUCGUGUUGAUCGAGCUUGGAAUGGUUAAUAUGUUCACGUUAAAGGAGGCAUCAUUGUGGAGCUUGGGCUGAGCUUAAAGCUAUGUUUAUACACACAAAAAAUGGAUUUCCUUUGUAAAAUUUAUUUAGAAAUUGAAUAUUAGGACAGAAAAUUCAAACA